AUGCCGUUUUAUUGGCUGUUUCUGUUUGGAAUAACCUUGGCGUGUCUCAACUCAUCCGAUUUUGUUAUGUUGCAAAACCCGGAACCAAAUGAACGAAAUGGUAAUCCAUUCUACAAUUACAGUUGAACUUGUUUACAACGACCUCCAGUACUGUUACCAGUAUUGUUUUCAUAAAAUUCGUAGACUUUUUUCCGCUUUUGGAAAAAGUUCCUUAUUUUGGCCACAACAAAGGUACUCCGCGAACUGCGCCCAAGCUUGGGCACUAAAGUUAGGACAAAACGCUUCGACCUAGCUGGAACUGAAUUACUAUAAUAGCUCUAUAAUUUUAAGGGUACCUACGAAGGCUAUGACGACUCAUUUAGUCCAUAUGGAUUCAAUAAGUUUAGUUCCGGACAUGUUUCAUCGGAUAAAGUGUAAAAGCACAGGCUGCAGCCGUUUUUGAAGGGUAAGGUGGUACGUGGAAAAGAAGGUACCUCGCUAACUAAAUCCACUGUCCGGGCAUCGACAACGAUGAAUUGGGCGUGCACGCUAAAUUUGGGCCAAUUCCGACCAGUUUCCGCAAGGUUAUAAGUUGUGGCCAAAAUAAGGAACUUUUACCCCGCUUUUUAUUAAAUAUAUCAAAAAAGGCUUGUCCGAGAGUAUAUCAGUCUGUCGGGAAAAUAAUGAGCAUGUCGAGAAAAUGAAUUGCGUCGCGACAAAAUCAAAUUGCUUUUCACUUCAGAAACGCGAUUGACCCUGAUUCAUAGCCAAGAGCCAGUGGUCUGUGCGGACGACGGGCAAGACAGCGAGUUGACGAUGGUCAAAUGCUUUUAUCGGUAUACGGAGUGGUUCCGCAAUACCUCCUACGACGACUUCACGGCCAACUUCGAGCGUUAUACGUCCAAGACGCUUGCAGGCGAUUAUGUUGAGGCUAAAAAGAACUGCAAGUGAGUCGAUUUUGAUGGGUAAAAUUUGAAUAUGCAAAUUCGAAAAUUCAAAAAUUUUUUUGAAAAAAUUGAUAGUUGGAAUUUUUUGGCCAUAAAUGCAAAUUUAUUCAAAUUUCUUUAAUUUAUGCAAGUUUUUUUCAAUUUAUGCAAAUUUUUUUAAUUUAUGCAAAUUUUUUUAUUUUUCCAAAUGAAAAAAUAUACAAAUUUUAAUAAAACCAACUCUUAAAUAUGCAAAUGUUUACAAAACCAAUUCUUAAAUAUGCAAAUUUCAGUUCUUUUGGCAAGAUUAUCGCCUGCGUCCGCCAAUACGCCUGUGAAUCCACCGACAUCUUAUUUGAUGACCCUAAUUUGCGCUAUGCUUACUUCUACAUGACCGGUGUUUGCAAAGGGUCCAGCCAAAAGGAAGCGGAAGCCAUUGGCACUUGCGGAAUGGACACCGACCCCAAGCUUCAUCUUGCUUCAACCAAAGGUUCUUGCAGGUAAAUUUUGAGAUUUUUUAUACGGAAAAAUUUUGAUUUUUUUUUAUGUCAGCCUUUAUUAAUAUUGAAGCAUCAUGAAAAUUGAUGUUUUCCGAGCUUAUUUAAAGAUAUAACAACAAGGUUUUUUGUCUCACCGUCUCUCCUCGUUUUGUAUGCUCUCUCGCAAAAAAAGAUGGCUUUAUAUCUCCGCCGCGGUUGUAAAGUUUUAACUAAAAUUUUCAGGGAUAAAUAAAUGGGUUACUGAGAGUAGAUGGGAAACAUUUGAAGUAAAUAAAUAUGACAAAAAAAAUUUAGAAAAUUAAAAAAAAAUUUUUUUGAUGACUUUAAUUUUUUUCCCCAAACUUCAUAAUAAGCUUGUAUGACCCCUAAUCUAAACAAUUUUCAGCGAAGAAUUCAUCGCCGACCUCUUCCAACAGUUCAAAAGCUCCUGCCGCACACUCAAGCUGGAACAAGUUGUCUCUGUUUGCGAGUCGAUCAUAUAUUUGUUCCGAGGAUACUGCCUCUCAGGCAUCUGUGAGAGAGUCGCCAACAAGGUGUGGAAUAAGGACUCGUGGAAGGAAAUGGAGGAAUUCGAGGAAUAUGUCAACGAUCUCAUCAAACAAUAUAAUAAAGAACUGCCAGCCCUCUUUGAACAGGUCAAAAAUGGCGAUUACACGAAUUUGAUUACAAAGUUUUAA